GUUUGCGGAGGAGUGGUCAUUAUUCUGUCUCCUGGCACAGCUACCUUCGUUACAAAGACUCUCCAUUCAAACUCAUACAAACAGGAUCACAUUAUAUCACACAAGGCUGCAUGCUAUUUCAUACUUCUGAUUACUUAUUUGUACUAAUACAAUCCCCAAAAUGUCUAGCUACAAGUCCUUCACCACCGACUCUAAAUGCCUAAUCUUGGGGGGCUUGGAAUACCGCCUCAGCAACGAAAACUUUGCUUCUUUCCGUGAGACCUUCAUAUUCACACAUGAGGGUUCUGCCACAGUCUCGCAAGUCCAGGCUCAAGAUUUCCAUUUGCACACAAAUUCCUUCUGGUAUCCCCAGGACUUUCGCAUCACUGUUGAUGGCGACCCUGGCAAGACUGGAACAGCUACAACAGCUGCUGUCCCAGCACGAGGUGCAUCUGGAGUCUGGCUCUCUUCCGCAUUUAUUCGUCCGCAUUUCCCCUUUGCUAUUAAUGCCAAAGGCGGAGAUGGGUGUGAUGGAGUCGACGCAGUGGCUACGCACGGCACUGGAGGGAAUGGAGGCAAUGGCGGAGCUGGAGGCAAGGUCACUAUGAUAUAUAACGACCUUUUCAGAAACAUACUCCGUGCAAGCCGCCAGGCCAAUGAAGUCAAGACGCCAGGAGAGCGGAGACUUAGGAUCCAGAGCUGGCUGAAGGCGUCCAGAAGGCAGCUGGUCGACACUCCCAGCCACAAGUACAUUGAGGAUAAGCUCAAGGCCCUCGAAGGUCUUAUCGAAAAGUCUGCCAAGGCGGAUCCUGAUAUUGAAGAAGCGUUCAGUGCUUUGAAAGAAGACCUUGAUGGCUUAAGCUCCAAGUUUCGAGCCAGCAUCAGCGUUGACGUUAGAGGAGGUGCUUAUGGCAUGGGAGGUGACGGUUCCCAGAAAGGUCAUAAUGGUGUCGCUGGAUCACUGGGUAGUAUCAACUCAACUCUUAUGAUCCAAGAGUCAAUGACCAAUUCCGCGGAAAUGUUGGUUCACCCUGACCAAAUCUCUAUCGCCGUACUGGAACUGGAAAACCUGUUUUUUAUCGGAACCUUGUCAACAAUCCAGACCGCGAUCAGACAUGUUCAGACUGUGAAGGAACGCCUGUCAUUCCUUGACUACUUGAAACCUCAAGAUCAGCUGUUCAAGGCAUAUGUGGAUAACGAGAGCCAUUUACUAAUCAUACCAUCCGGAGAAGAGGUACCGACAUCCAUAGCCUCCUUGAAAGUCAGCUUAGACAACGUUCGCGCUAUUGAAAGGAAGCUUUACAAUGGCUAUGACUUCUACGGGCAUGUGGCUACCUGGGUUCCAUCGGGAUCGUUCGAAUUCUACAGCCAUCAGUUAAACUCCGCCUUGGACGACUUGUCAUCGAUCCAAACCAACUACUUCAAGUAUCAACAGAUCGCCAAAGAGGAGGACAAAGCCAAGGAAAGGAUCGCGUACGCUCGUGCAGCAGUUGAUGUGGGAAAAAGGAGUUGCGGAGCAGACCUCGUUACUCUCAGUUCUCAGCUCAAGUCUUCUGCAAGUGCCAUAGCGGUAUUGCAGGAAGGUCUCCCGACAAAGCGUAAGGCUCUAGUCGAGAAGAUCCGAGCUUUUUCACAAGACAUCAAGAACUCAUUCAACAUCAGCAUGGAGUCUUUUGUGAAUGCUGCCUCCACCUUCGUCUUUGCCCCGGGCUUGGCUAUGGGGGCUGUUCAGGCAGCUAGUCUCCUCCAUACUGGCCUAGCAACCAUCACUGAUGACGCGGGUAUACAGAUAAGAAAGGAAUUCGUGGUCAACAAGAUUACAGUUAUGUCGGCGGGCCUUGAAGGCCUGAAAGAGGCCAUCGAGGCCGGCAGCGAUGGCGCACUGACAGUGGAUGAUCCUGGAGCUGCUAAGCUCAUGGCUAAAGAAUCUGAUAUCCAAGAUCUCCUGACCAAGUACCGAGAAACUCUUGGCAGUGAGAAGGUUCGCGCAGUGCGCGAGAUGUUUGAUGAUUACCUGAAAGUUGUCAUUGAUAGGAACAAUCUCGUCAUCCAUUAUAAUGCUUGCCUGGUUCUGUGGCUUACGACAAAUUCAAAGCUUGUCUCCUACAUUCAGACGGAGCGCAGUCUCGGUCGCGAAUUCAUUGAACAAAUACACGAUGAAAUUCCCCAGCUAGCUGUCACCGUUGAGCGCAAUUACAUCGCUACCAUCUCCACGGUAAUGGAAUUGCUCUACCGCACUACGAAGGCACUGUCUUAUGUAACCUUGUCGGUCGAGCCCACAACGUUCACCAGACUUAGGGACCAGGGCUUUUUACAGGAAGGACUUGCAACAGCCUUGAAGGAAGAAAAGAUCGACAUUAUCAAGAGAUGGGCUAAUGCCAUCGAAGAGAGCAAAGCACUGAGACAACCUUUCGGGGGUGAAAACGAUGCGGUCAAGUAUGAAUUGACUGAGGUCCAGCUGCAAUCUCUACUCCUUGAGCCGGAGAGAAAGGACGGCGAUUACGCAGUAAUAAUGGGCAUACCAGCGGCUCGUAAAAAGACCUCGUUAGGCGAAAGUCCAUUUGCAGGGUACGCAGAUGUUCGACUUACAAGGGUGAGGUUUUACCUCGACGGUGUUCAAACAGCAAGCAACAAGCUCUAAGUAACGUUGGUACAUGGUGGUACGGACGAAAUGGUGGCGCCUGAUGACCUGAGCCUCAAGUUCACUCACAACUCAUCGACCAUCAAGUUCCACUAUGAUAUAAGCACAGGAAAGGUAAUCACUGAUGGGAAUAUGCAAGAUGCAGUGGAUCAUAUUUAUGCUUUGCCGGGUCCGUUUACGUCCUGGAGGAUUUCUAUCAGUCAGAAGUAUAAUCAAGGGCUGGAUCUAUCCAAUGUUAGUAAUGCUUGGUUUGAGUUUUCUGGACUCAGUAGAAGUUUUUUAUAAUGUCUAUCCUCAAUAAGCCUUAAGGGUGGAAAGCAU